AACGUUUCUCGAUAAACAAUGUCUCGAAGGAAACCAGCCGCCGCCGACGCGACCGGUGCAAAGCGUCCCAAACGUGCCAACAAUCUGUACACCCGGCCGGAAAAGAUCCCGCUCGGAACGAUUCUAACCGAUGCGUUAAAUGUGCCAUGGAAGGUGGGACCGUCGAUCGGUUCCGGUGGUUUUGGUGAGAUCUACUGUGCGUACUGCUUCAUACAUGCUGCACCUAAAACAGUGGCCGAGUAUCCUAACGUGGUGAAAAUUGAACCGCAUGAAAAUGGGCCUCUUUUCGUCGAAACACAUUUCUAUCGCAAACUUUGUAAGGUGGACGACAUCGAACGGUACAGGAAGCUUCGAAAGCUAAAACAUCUGGGCAUGCCGUACUAUCUGGCGAGUGGGUCACACACGUUGAACAAUGUCAAGCACCGGUUCCUGGUGAUACCGCGAUUUGGAGCCAGCUUACAGUCCGUGUACGUUCAGAACAAAAAUUGCCUACCGCUGUCCACUGUUUGCCGGGCAGCCAUGCAGAUGCUGGAUGUGCUGGAGUACAUACACUCGAACCAGUACGUACACGCUGAUUUAAAGGGUGACAACAUCCUGUUUGGAAUGGGUGAUCGUGGCCGGGAGCGCUUGUAUUUGGUGGACUUUGGUAUGGCUAGUCGGAUCGUGCUGGAAGACCAGUUCAAACCGGAUCCACGGAAGAAACACAAUGGUACAAUCGAGUAUACGUCGCGUGACGCUCACCAGGGUGUGAUGACGAUGCGGGGGGAUUUGGAAAUUUUGGCGUACAAUAUGAUCGAAUGGGCCGGCGGAAGUUUGCCGUGGAAGGAAGAAAAGCUACUGAAAGAUUGCAACAAAGUGCAGCAGAUGAAGGAGGAAGGUAUGAGCGAUGUGGCCGGGUUGCUGAAGCAAAGCUUCCGGAAGCAUGUAUCGGUGCCGAAGGUGUUGCAACCGUUUCUGGAGUUUGUGAACGGUUUGCGGUACAACGAGCCUCCGAAGUACACGGUUUGUUCAAAAAUCUUCGAAAAAGCAUUGAAAACGCUUGGCGCUACAAACACAGGAGUGCUCGAGUUGAGCGUCGCCAGUGCGUCCAACGUGAACGAUUCUUCGGGACCGAUGAACAAAACAAAAACAAAGAAACGACGAACAUUGGAUACUUCCGUGUCGAAUGGGCUUGCUGACACGGUACCGAAUACACCGAACGAUAAUGAAAACACCGAGGACCGUGGUCCUACUCCGAAGCGAAAUCAGAAAACAUUUGUUGUGAGUCCUUCGUUGAUGAAACAAACUAAACAGCGCACGGCUAACAGAUCACGCACGGUACCAGACACAGAACCAAACACGCCGGAAGAUGAGGACGAUUCUCCCGUUUUCUCACAAAGAGCAAAGCGUAGGAUGGAUCGAUCCGAUGCGUCCUUUACCGUUGGUUCAACGCGGAUCAAAAAGCCACUUUUACCAAAUCCCCAAAAUAUGGCGUUGGUGGACACGGUUCCCAACACUCCUGAAGAAGUGGAAGAGACAGAGGACCUCUCCCGUGCCCUUUCAAAAUCGAGCCGUGUCCCUAAAACUGAACCCGUUCGUGGGAAGCACGAUAAAAAGGUAACCUUAGAAGAUGCUAGAGCAACCUCCACCCGUCGCAAGGAGAAAACGGUUACGGUUGUGCAGAGUGCAUCAGCACAGGGUAUCAAUAUACGCAUCGAAACACCCCGCAAGAAGCGGACACGAAACGUUGCUUCUGAAUCACCGCAAGAAAUAACCAUCAAACUAACGCUGAACGCUAACGUGUCGGUCAAUACGAGGAGCAGGAAAAAUGGCACAGUUGUUGUGAGUGCAUCGCAGCAAAAUAUGUCGAUGGAUUCGAGCAGAAAUGACGAAUCGUUGGAAGCUUCGCAGGACGUUAUCGAUGUAUCUUCAGCGACGGAAGAGAAUAAUGUGUCACGGAGCUUGUUCGAUGACUACUAACCAACGGACGUUUUGUAAG